AUUUCUCCGUUGUUGUUGCACUUUCUGUUUUGGACUUUGAGACGCUCGCCUCUCGAGUUUAACAAACAAUUGUUAUUUAAUUUGGAAAUCGAGUGAAGUGGAGAGCUGAGAGCCAUGUUCCGAGCAAGGGUGCACCGCAAUCUGUCAUGGAUUUCAACGAAUUCAUCGCGAACAACGACGACUCAUGGUCAGCACUAUCAAUAUUUGCAGUGCUCCAAGCUGCCUACGCUAUAUUUUCAGCGCUCCUUGCCGAGAUUACCGAUUCCUCUGCUGGAGCACAGUUGCAACCGUUUUCUGGAGGCCACCAGGCCACUACUUUCUCCAGAGGAGCAUUUGGAAACCAAGGAGAAGGUGGAACAAUUCCGUCAGGGAAUCGGCAUGGAAUUGCAUGCGAAACUCAAAAACCAUGAUGCGGAGAACAAGCACACCAGCUAUAUAUCACAGCCCUGGUUCGACAUGUAUCUGGCCGAUCGGGCGCCACUGCCGCUCAACUACAAUCCCCUGCUGGUGAUGAAAAGCGAUUCCCGGCCGGAGUACCAGGAUCAGGUGGUGAGGGCCACCAAUCUGAUCAUCAGUUCGCUGCGCUUCUGGCGCUCCCUGCAAUCGGAUCUCCUGGAGCCGGAGGUCUACCACAUGAAUGCCAAGAAAAGCGACACCGCCAGCUACCGCCGCUGGAUGAAGGUGGCUCCCAAGGCCCUGGCCACCUAUGCCUCCUACGCCUUCAAGGCCUUCCCCCUGGACAUGAGCCAGUAUAGCCGAUUGUUUGGCACCUCCAGGAUUCCCAGGGUGGGCAAGGACGAGCUCGUCCAGUCCCCCAACUCCAAACACAUCCUCGUCAUGCGACGUGGCCAUAUGUAUGCCCUGAACGUACUCGAUUCCAGUGGCUACAUCGAAAGUCCCAGUGUAAUUCUGGGCAGGCUGAGGGCUGUGCUCCAACUAGAUGCCGAUCGCGAGGCGGCCAGUGUUCCCCUCGGUGUCCUCACCUCCGGACAGCGCGAUGAGUGGGCCAAAAGCCGAGAGCAGUUUGUCUCUAACCCCAAAAAUGCCGAUCUCCUCCAGAACGAAGUGGAUGCGGCUCUGUUCUGCGUUUGUCUGGAUGGCCCAGAGGAUGGGGUCUUCAAUGAGGAUCGUCAAGAACCUUUGCUCAAGCAUUUGCUGGCGGGAAAGGCUCACAAUCGGUGGUUCGACAAGUCCAUUUCCCUGCUGAUCAGCGCGGAUGGCACCACGGCCAUAAACUUUGAGCAUUCGUGGGGCGAUGGCGUGGCUGUGCUGCGCUACUUCAACGAGCUCUACAAGGACACCCUGCAGCAGCCGUUUGUGUCCACGGAGACGGUGCACACUCCCGCCGAGGGAGACUGCAGCAAUGUGCGACCCAUCAACUUCGAGGUGGAUGAGGCCACCAAGGCGGCCGUUUCGGAGGCCUACAGCAAGAAUGCCAGCAUUGUGGACAGUCUGGACCUGAAUGUGCUGAAGUAUCCGCACAUGAACAAGCCCACCUGCAAGCAGUUUGGCCUGAGUCCCGACUCCAUCAUCCAGUUGUCCUUCCAGCUGGCCUACCGUCAGGCCCACAAUGGCUAUGUGGGCACCUAUGAGUCGUGCAGCACCUCCGCCUUUCGACAUGGACGCACGGAAACGAUGAGACCCUGCACCAAUGCCACGCGCGACUUUUGCGAGGCCAUUCUUUCGCCGGAGCGGAGUAAGCCAAGUGCCGGCGAACUGCGGGCCAUGAUCGACAAGUGCAGCAAGGUGCAUGGACAGCUUACGAAAGAGGCAGCUAUGGGCCAGGGAUUCGAUCGGCAUCUCUUCGCCCUGCGGCACACUGCCCAAAAAGAGGGCAUUCCCCUGCCCGAUCUCUACGAUACUGAGGCUUACAGGCGCAUCAAUAACAACAUCAUCAGUACCUCAACCCUUGGCUCGGAUGCCCUGCUAGCGGGCUCAUUCGGUCCGGUGGUCAGGAAUGGCUUCGGAAUUGGCUAUUCAAUACAGAACGAUUUUGCCGGCGCCAUUGUCACUACGUACAAAAACCAGGCCGAUGGGAAGGUGUUUAUAGACAGCCUGGAAUCGGCAUUUGAUAAAAUUUGCGCUGUCAUCCAGCAGAGCGGCAGCCAAAGCAAGAAAUAGAAAAAACAAAAACCAGGAUUCCAAGAUCCCAACCAACCCCCUCAUGAAUAUGGCUUUAACAAAACAAGGAGAUUUAUUUUGAUGCUUUUACACUGUAUCCCAUGUGUCUGAAUUGCAAUAUCUUAUUCCUAGCUCUACAAUUUAUAGAUUAUACACUGAAAACAUUCUGCCCCAUCUAA